AUGCGGGUCCAAGAUUUUGUUUUCAUCGCCAACGACGCAGCUCUUCGACGUGUCGUCACUCCCAUUACGAUCUACAAAGGCAUUCAGUUCACCUCCAUCUCCGCAGGAGCGCUGGGCGUCGCAAACAUCACUUUCCUGGGUAUCAGGCCAAAAACCCCACCGCAAGUCGCCUCAACAGCGUUCCGCAGCACGCUGCCCGAUCUUAAACCCGCGUCUGUGACGGUUGACUACCCAGAUUCACCGUACAAGUCGAUCGAAUUAGUCUCCCUCUACCUCCAUUGCGUAGCCGCACUCGGCACCGGUCUCUUCUCAGCGCUGGUGCAAUGUAAGAUCAACUUCGAGUGUUUCGGCUCGGAUGGCAAGCUCAAAGCCGAAAAGGAGGUCGAGUAUAAACCGGACACGCCGCUCCUCAUCCCUGUUGAGGAGCAGAAGAAAGUCAACUUUGAAUCCAAAUUUGUGGGUUGCAAGGAUAUCAAGUUCGCAUUGUGUUUUAACGGCGAUCGCGACGGAUAG